GUACGCUGUGCUGCAGCUCUCUGCCACAAACAACAACUAUGUGGUUUUACUAACUUAGCAGGACUGAAUCAAAGUUUUACUCCACACGGAACCACCGAGUCACUUCCAGCCGGAGUUUCACAUCGUAUGGUUUGGAAAUGUUUUCUUAAAUUGUUGCUAGCUAACUGGUUAGCUCCCUUGUUAGCUUGAAGUCUGGACCGUCUUGCUAACUUAUUGGCACUCUCCUGCCCGAAAUUCAAACUAAAGCAAUAACGACCGCGGGAUUCAUACAAAUUGGACAGCUAAAGAUGGAGUCGGUUCAUGUUUUUGGCAGCACCAGUCCUGUUAAAACUGUUUUGAAAAGCAGGCCCGAUGGGAUCCCCGGGUUUUCCUCGUUCUCCCUGUCCGAUCUCAGCUCAAAGAACUCCCACUGCAGGGAUCUGUUCUCCCCUGGACCCGCGACUGUACUAUCUCCUGUCACCAAUUUGGCUCUGGACAUGAACAAUUUAGCUGGACUCGGCAGCCAAUGUGAUACUCCGAAAAGGAGAAAGCAUGCACCCCUUGAAAAGGUUCCCUCCUUUGCCUCUGACGUCUCAUCUGAUGCUGGCCUCGGCAUGGAUCCCCCGAGCCCCAUGGAUGCUAUUGAAGUGGAAGACACAUUUGAAAAGGCCAUUCAACAGUCCAGCCGAGUUGUCAACGAGAGGCUACCAAUUCGAAGAAUCAACUCAUUGCCACCCCAGCUCCUGGGUUUCAGUCCGUCCCUGAAGGGUCAGGAGGAUUCCCACCGCUAUGGAAUAUUCGGUCAACAACCCUCCCAAAUAAAUGCCGCCUCCUCCUCUCAAUACGACAACAAAGAGAACAUGCCGGAGGAGGGUUUUGAAUUCAAGAAACCAACCAUGCCAGUGUCGCGGAGUCGUGUGCGCUCUUUUAACUGCGGACAGACAAAGGACGCUUUUGCCCGCCGCCCCAGCUCGGCUCCAGCCCUCAUGUUUUCCUCACCUCCUCCAGUCCAGCAUCUGGACUUUCAUGACUCCAGCCCCAUGUUCCUGAGACGUUCCUCCCUCACCUCUUCUAUAAACGAUGAUGAUGAUGAUGACGGCUUUUUGGACGAACUGGAUGACAACAUGGAGAACAACUCUGGGAUGCCGAUGGGAAUGGCCAGCUUGCUCACCGCCCCGCUGGUGUCCGACACCACAGGAGAAGACUCUCCUGUGAUUCGCUGCCGGCCACGAAGCCUGUUCCGCUCGCCCUCCAUGCCCAGUCCGGUCUCCCGUCCCUCUGCGAAGCGUCCCGACUGCCCCGGAGAUGAAAACACGCCGGUUAGGGUGAAGAGGCGACGCAGCCUGGCAGGAACACAACCCACCACCCUGGAACAAAACCCCGAAUCCCCACGCAUGAGCUGCUCAUUGCUCCAGAGGUCCAAGUCCUUCUGUCAGACCGAUAUCGAGAAGCUGCUGGACAAUCAGGACGGCUCCAAUGAGCUAAUAGGAGAUUUCACCAAGCCUUUCGUAUUACCCACAGUGGAGGGCAAACACCAAGACCUCAAGUACAUUACCUCAGACGUGAUGGUGGCAGCUCUGACUGACCAGUUUAACCAUCUAGUCGAGCGAGUCAUCGUCAUCGACUGCCGCUACCCCUACGAGUUUGAGGGCGGACACAUCAAGGGAGCUCUGAACCUGCACCAGGAGGAGCAGGUGUCGGAUUUCCUCCUCAAGACCCCCAUCAUGCCGCGCUGCCCGGAGAAACGAGUCGUCAUCAUCUUCCACUGCGAGUUCUCGUCGGAGCGCGGCCCUCGAAUGUGCCGUUUCGUCAGGGAGCGAGACCGCGCCAUGAACGACUACCCCAAACUCCACUACCCCGAGCUCUACAUCCUCAAGGGCGGAUACAAAGACUUCUUCCCUCACUUUCAGUCGCAAUGUGAACCUCAGUCCUACCGGCCCAUGCACCACGAGGACUUCAAGGAGGACCUCAGGAAGUUUCGCCUCAAGAGUCGCACCUGGGCCGGGGAGCGCAGCAAGAGAGACAUGUACAGCCGACUGAAGAAGCUGUGAGCGCCGCCUCGUUCCACCUUAACUGCCUCUGAAACACACACUGCCUCCCCCUCCCCCCCUCCCUGAACAGACUGAGUGCAAAUUUCUCUCAGAGCCCCCCCCACCAACGAGGAAAUAAGUUAUUGAGAUUGCGCCAACAGGAAUGGGAUUUUUCUGAAGUCCCCAAAUUUUCAUUUAACUAUAACAAAGUUAGCUAUUUAUGCAAAUCUAAAGAGGGAAAGACGAGAAAUGAUGAACACUUGACCUGAAGAUGUCGCUGAGUUGCAGUAAAACAGAUUUGUGAAGCAAUGUGAUCGUUUUAAAAACCACUUGGACCUACUGCCUUUUUUUUUUUUUCUUCUUUUUUUUUUUUUUACCUUGUCACUAUGCUUGUGUAAGCGAGCACAAAUCACUGCCAGAUUUCUAUACAGCAACUGAACCACACUGCCAAGUCUGAAGUUUGUCUUUCAGUCUCCUCACUGGAUAUUUUUGUUUUUCUUUAUUUUGCAUUUGUCGUGUUCCACCAUAUUUAAGCACUUAAUUUAAAAACCUGAAAUGGUGAGGUGCUUCUUUUUUUUUUUUCUUUUUUUUUGAUACUGCUUUUUAUAAAACUUUUUAAUGAAUUUCGUUGGUCCCCAUUUAGACAUUGAUUUGUUGAAAGCAUGCCUUUUUCUAGGCAUCCCCAAAAUGUAAAUUGGAUAUUUUUAUGACAACUUCUAAAAGGUGUAAGAUUAAUGCAGAAUUGUGUUUUUUUGUUUUUUUUUUCUUCCUGAUCAGUUGCAAUAUUUGGUCUUGUCUAUUAUUUCUUUAUUUUUAUUUUUUUUUCUCGGUCAGAAGAAACCAAAGCAAACAAACUACCUGUUAACUUUGCAGUGAGAUUUUUCUGAUGCUGCAGGUCAGCAAGUGUGAGAGGAUUUUUAAUCUUAAGAAAAACACAUUUUGUUUUGCUUUCAAUCCCUUAAUGUUCAGAGAUAAAAAUGUCUUCCACUCUGCUGAGCUAAAUGAUGUCAGUUCAUAAACGACUCGGGUGGGUUGAAUAUUUUGGUGCAGACUCGUGGGGGAGCUGCUGAAAUAAAGAUCCAAUGUGCGUUCA